GUGACGGCUGGGACGAAAGAAGCUAUCUUCAAAAAUCUUGUUGCGGCGCUUGUGAACACGCCGCCCCGGUCCAAACCUUCGCGCCAGUGAUUCUCCUACCAACCUUGGGUGUCUGGGUUAUUUCUCAACCCUCGUCCCAGCUGCACCAUCAAAGCUCAACCCAUACACCAGAUCUCGUCGCAGAAUGGCGACGGCAGCAGCCAAGAUGGCCUCUCAGGCCGGGCCUACCUUCAGGGUAGGCGGCAAGCAGGUGUUCCUCCCGACUGCACUUGUCACAUACUUGCCAUCCCAGAGAGACCCGAACUUUGCAAGAUUUCAGGUUCCUAUGACAUUCAACAAGCUCGACCUGAGGGACUAUCUCUACCACUGCUACAAUGUCGAAGUCCGCUCGGUGAGGUCUUUCAUCCAGCAAUCUCCGAUCAAAAUUCGGGAGGACCGUUUGACGAACGACAAACCCCAUAUGGUCAAGAAGAUGCGGCCCCAGUCGAAAAAGUUCAUGAUAGUUGAGCUGGUCAAGCCGUUCAUGCCCCCCUCCAAGCCGGAGGACCUGUCACCUUGGGAGAUUGAAAACUUGAAUGUGAAGCAGGCCGAGAGUGACAGGAUCCAAGAAUAUACCAAAGCCUUGCAAACUAAACCCGGUGUCAGCCCGCUCCGGAUGCCGGUUACUACGUCGAGGAUUCUGCAAGCUCAGCAGGCGCAGGCGCUGCGGAAGGGUGGAGUCGAUUGGGACAACCAAGUGAAGCUCGACGAGAGAUGGCAAGAGGUUGAGAUUGGGUGGGAGAAUGCGCGUGAGAAGCAUGAGAAGGAAAAGGAACAAUAGAAGGAACCGGCCAUAUUAUGCCAUGUAUAACUAAAAUCCUUGACAAGCUCUGCGGCUUGAAACUGUACGAUUAUCUCUCUUUCUACCAUGGACUAGGGAGGGCAUGGUGUGUGAAUUUUCGGAUACAUAUCUCGUGUACAGAAUCUUAACAUAUACUGGUACAUGCGAACCAGCUGUGGAUCGAUCGAACUUUUCACAAUUACUCGCUUUGGGAACCUGUAAGGGGACGUUCACUCUCUGCCGUGACCCAAUUGCUACGCUCUUGGAAAUGCAGUACAUCGUCUCCCCAAGCCCACCAACCGGCCGUGAGAUUUCUUGCAAAGACCUCAAGCCCACGAGGCCGCGGCGGCAACAUAGUGCUCAUCAAGUUGCGAAUGUUAGGCUUGCGAGAGUGUGUAUCCGGCACAGAUAGUAUCACGCGCCUGCGCCAGCAUGACGGGAACACCCUCUUAGAACCCUUCCGCUGCGCAAUCAGCAAUGGCUCCCACGGCUUACGAUAAGCAGAAUCAAUGGGCAGUAUCGGUUGUGCCGAGGUGGUGAUUUUAAGCCACGACCACUCCCCUACCAACUCUAAUCCCCACUCGCUCAGUAUGCCGUCCCUGGACGAGGUCAGCAUUUCUAAAAACGCCGGCUUGUUAGUCACCCAGAUGGCGACCAGCCCAUCUCGAGCGAGCAAAGAUGGGAUCGGCACGUCAGACAAAAGGUCGCGGAUCUCAUCGGUUGUGGCAGCCACCUUGUAGCCAUCCUUCUUGCGUUUGGCAGACCGGUUUGGCCAUGGAGGAUCCAAGACUAUCACGUCAAAAUUUGGAGCGUCCCGUAAGAGCAGCGCUUUGGUUUCCUGAAUCGUACCGAGGACAUGACGGGACUCGGGAGGGAAGUAGUAUCUCCCUUCGGGGUCAUCGUCCUGAAUGGAAGAGCAUGCUUCUGUAGUGGUUGAGCAGCUCUCAAGGUCACAACUAUGAGGUGAUUUAAAAUCAUCCAGAGUUUUGCCACCAUUUGCGAUCAUGCAUUGGCGCGACAACUGCCGCGGCAACAAGUAUGGUCCUGAAUAGUUCGUCGUGAGCUCCUCCAAUGCUCGAGUCACAGAAGCCUGAAUCAUCAGCUGAGCUACCUGGGCGGCAGCUGGGAGUGGCGAGGGGUCGUUCUUAGGUUCCGGAUUUACAAAGGGAGUCUCCGGGGGUGGGCUGGAGAUAAGCCGUCUCGUCCGUGAAGUUCCAUCAGGACAAGAUUUUGUGGCCAGACUCGGACCUUGGGGCAACGUGGCGGCCGCGAGGUAUUGAGCCUCCUCGAUAGACCUUGGCAGGUCCAACAGAACCACCGUCCCGUCGGUGCUUUCGAACAAUGUUGCUGUUGUCAUUUUAUGACGCCCAUGUGACCUAAACCCAUUUUCG